AUGACAUCGUCGGUUAUGAGGCUCGGUCUGUUGUUCCUACUAGCCCAUAACUUCGGGUCAGACGCCUGCCCUGAACAAUGUGCAUGUUUGUCUUACGUCAACUGCAUGGGCCGAGCCCUGACGGAAAUACCCGAAGGUUUGCCGAACGACACCACCACUCUGGACCUGCGCCUGAACAACUUAGGCCGCCUAGCGGAAGGGAUGUUUACUGCAGUUCCAAAGCUCAUCUACCUACACCUGGACUCAACAAACAUACAUGAAAUACACGACUUUGCCUUCAUCAACCUAAACCGUUUACACCACUUAUAUCUGUCACAAAACAGCCUCUCCACAGUCCCCUGUGCAGCCUUACAGGUGAUACCAAAUCUUACACAUCUCCGUUUGAGUGGGAACAUCAUUUCAACAAUCCCUCCAAACUGCUUCGAAGGAAUUCACAACCUAUAUGGGAUAGAACUGGACUACAAUCAGAUACAAAGCUUGCACGAAGACACGUUUGCCGGGCUCCAUGAAUUACGCGACUUGAAUAUCGCGUUUAACAGACUCGCGGCAAUACCUGUUCAGGCUUUCCAGCAGAUUCCAAACCUGCAAACUCUUCGCCUUGACGGGAAUCCGGUCCAAGUGAUCAGAGCAGACGACUUUUCCAACACCACCCGCCUGGUUUCUCUGUCUCUCGGUAACCUAGGCAACGAACUUGACAUUCGUGAAGGCGCCCUGUCUCACCUCAGUCUUGUAGAACUGAGUUUGUCAGACAACGAUCUCCAGGAUCUGCCUGUUUCUGUACGAAAUCUGACCUCGCUUCUGCAGUUUGACCUUCGCGGAAACUUCUUCCCCAUCAUAUUCGAAUCCUGGUUCGAAAACAUGGCGGAACUGCAGACCUUGAACUUGGCGUCCGUGAGUCUACAGUUUCUGUUCGAGCCUGCUCUCCGUGGACUGUUCUCCCUCCGUACUCUCUAUCUGAACCACAACGCGCUGGAAUCUCUGUUCGAGACGACUUUUCAGGACACCCCAGCUCUGAAGUCUCUACAGGUCAACAACAACGAGUUACAGACCUUACCAGGGGGACUAUUUGCAGGUCUUACUGCGCUAGAGAGCCUAUUUCUUUAUAACAAUAAGUUAGUCCAGCUUCCAGCCGAACUGUUUACAGAUACUGUAUCGCUGAAGUACUUGUAUCUAUCUGGUAACAGGCUGACAUCUCUUCCAGAGGAGGUUUUUCAUGGACUACACUCAUUGUCCUUUCUUGAUCUUUCGCUCAAUCGCUUGGAAGAGCUACCUGAGGGAUUAUUCGACAAUUUGACGUCACUUGAGCUACUCUAUCUCCAUGGUAACUUACUCACUGAAGUCCCGUCUAGUCUCGCGAGAAUGAUGACGCAGUUGAGGGAAGUAAGCUUGGACGAUAACCCGAUAGAGAUCGACUAG